AUGACUAUUAGGCUUCAAAUGAAUGGUAGAUUCAGUGUCACUAAAUUUGUUGCAGAGCAUAACCAUGAGGUCGUUACACCAUCAAAAGUACACAUGUUAAGGUCACAACGAGGUUUAACUGAUGCUCAAUCAGCUGUAGCAGAUAUGGCAAACAAUUCAGGCAUAACACCAUCAGCAACUAUGACAUUUAUGAGCAAGCAGGCUGGAGGUCGAGAGAAUUUGGGAUACCAACCUGUUGAUUACAAAAAUUACUUGAGAAAAAAGCGAAUGAAAGCGAUGGAAAGGGGAGAUGCAGGAGCUGUUUUAGAAUAUUUUACAAAAAUGCAAGUAGAGAAUCCAUCUUUUUUUUAUGCAAUACAGGUAGAUGAAGAUGAUCAAAUCACCAAUAUUUUUUGGGCAGAUGCAAAGUCGAUAAUGGAUUAUAGCUAUUUUGGGGAUGUGAUCUACUUUGAUACUACAUACAGGAUAAACAGCUAUGGUCGUCCAUUUGCCCCAUUUAUUGGGGUAAUGUCUGGAAAGCAACCAAGGACAAUGUUAACAGAUCAAUGUGCUGUAAUGGGCAAUGCAAUAGCUGAUGUGAUGCCGGAAACAUACCAUCGUCUAUGUAUCUGGCAUAUAUACCAAAAUACUGCAAAGCACCUUAGUAAUGUAUUUCAUGGUUCAAAAAGUUUUGAAUAUGAUUUCAGUAGAUGUGUGUAUGAUUAUGAAGAAGAGGAAGAGUUUCUAAUUGCAUGGAAUAAUAUGCUUGAGAAAUAUGAUUUGAUGCAAAAUAAAUGGUUACAAGCGUUGUUUAAAGAAAGAAACAAAUGGGCUUUGGUGUAUGGCAAAAAUACAUUCUGCGCUGAUAUGAAGAGCACACAACGGAGUGAAAGCAUGAAUAAUGUUUUGAAGAAAUAUUUAAGUUCCAAAUACAAUCUUUUGUGUUUCUUCACGCAUUAUGAACGAGUAGUGGCUGAUCAACGAUAUCGAGAAUUGGAAGCUGAUUUCAAAAUGAGGCAAAGUACCCCAAUAUUGUAUGUUGAUGUGGAGAUGUUGAUGGAAGCGGCAAAAGCAUACCCUCCAGAAGUAUUUAAAAUGUUCCAAAAUGAGUACAAAAAGUUUUUUAGUCAUACAAUUCAUAAAAGUGGUGAAUUUGAUACAGUGUUAGAGUUUCAAGUUAUUUGUAAUGACAAAGUUGGAGGCCAUCUUGUCAAAUUUGACACAUCAAACAAUACCGUCACAUGUAGUUGUAAGAAAUUUGAGUUUGUCAGGAUACUAUGUAGCCAUGCACUAAAAGUUCUGGAUUAUUAUAAUAUAAAGGUGCUUCCUUCCAAUUAUAUUUUGAAAAGAUGGCAAAGAGAUGCAAAAGUUGGUGCUGUGAAGGACCAUCUUGGGUUUACCAUACAAGGUGAUCCUAAGAUUUCUUUAGAGAAGUGUUAUAGCUAUUUGUGUCGCAAGUUUGUUAAAAUUGCUUCAAUGGCUGCGGAAUAUGAAGAUGCAUUUGAUUUUGCUGAUAGAUAUUCAGACAAAUUUCAUGAUAAAUUGACAGAGUGUAUAAAAGGGAUCAAGAAACUUCCAUUGAUGACAUAUCAAACUAAUGAUGAAAAUGUAGAUGCUGAAAUUGUUUGUCAUCAAUCGACUGACAAUGAGCUGCCAAUUAUGACAUCUCAAAUUAAUGAUGAAAAUGUAGAUACUGAAAGUGUUCAUCAUCAACCGACUGACAAUAAAGUUACUUUCGUUGAUAGUCUCCACUCACAAAUUGGUCAAAAAGUUCCUAUAAUGAGUCCUUUUGGAUUACCAGUAGCUUAUUAUGGGUACCAUCAACCUAAUAUUAACAUAUACCAGCAAAAUUCCUUGAGCAUCAGAUCUCAGGGUAGCUUUGUUACUAGCGGGAGUUAUUUUGGAGUACCUGGUGGAAGUUGGGUAGCUGGCACCAGUGGAUCCAUGAAUACACAUCAUCUGCCUCUUGUGGGUGCCAAACAGGCAUCAACUGGUAACAACAAAAUUAUUCGAGGACCAGCGCCUGCCUAA